AACAAGAUGGCGACAACCUGAGCGUUGAGAGUAACACGAAGAGUCAGAGAAUUCCGCUCUUCUCCCGUCGGAACCUCAGAGAAAAACCCACUGCUUAGCGGACCGGCACGAAGACAGGCACUCGAACCUGCAGCGGAAAAGCGACAUUCAUGCGGAUCUAGGCCCCAGGCUGAGGGAACCGUGGUGGGAUGGAGGACACCUGAGGACACCUGAGGACAGGUGGACACGGUGGACGGCUCAGUCGCCCUCCUGGAGCCGGGCUGACACCAGAGAUCGGACUGUGGCUGCUGCAUGCGUUUGGCUGUAGAUCCGCUCUUGGAUCCAGUCCAGUUGUGCACACAUAUGUGUCCUGAGGAGAACUGUUCUAUGCAGCAUGAAGCUUCCACAGAAAUGCUGCGCUGCUUGGCCUUGAAGCAGGGCUAGAAGGUAUUAAAUUCAUAUUGAGGCGUCUGGAGCAGAGAAGAAAAAGAUUAGAAUCACAUUUUUGUCUCAACAGCACUUGAUGUAGCAGCUAAUUCAAAGUAUAAACCACUAACUCGGUAGAGGACCCAACAGGUUGUUCAUCUUUAUCUGCACCUCCCGGCACUAAUGUUUACAAAUUGGGAUUGAUCCCCCACCUCCUCUCUCAACUCUCUGACGUUCAGUAUUUUAUAAUUCCUCAGUAUUGCAUCUUGUGGAAUUGAGACACUCUGCUCAGAACGGAAAGGUUACCGGUGGAUUACUCUCCAGCAGCAGUCAGAGCUGUUGGCAAACCUUUCUUUGCACAGUUGGUGUAAGCUGUGGCUGUCGACUGUCAGUCAUGAGUAGCGGGGAGCUGCAGCAUCUUGACUAUUUAAAUGAAAAUGAACUGAUGGAAAUGGAUACCUUCAUUCACCGCAUUGACUCGACAGAGGUGAUCUACCAGCCACGUAGGAAGAGGGCCAAGCUGAUAGGAAAGUACUUGAUGGGGGAUCUGCUAGGGGAGGGGUCUUAUGGCAAAGUGAAGGAGAUGCUGGACUCAGAGACACUUUGUCGCAGGGCUGUAAAGAUACUGAAGAAGAAGAAGCUGAGGAGGAUUCCUAAUGGAGAAGCCAAUGUGAAAAAGGAGAUUCAGCUGCUGAGAAGACUCCAACACAAGAAUGUGAUCCAGUUGGUGGAUGUCCUCUACAAUGAAGAGAAGCAGAAAAUGUAUAUGGUGAUGGAGUAUUGCGUGUGUGGGAUGCAAGAAAUGCUGGACAGCGUCCCAGAGAAAAGGUUUCCAGUAUUUCAAUCUCACGGGUACUUUAGCCAACUUUUAGAUGGCCUUGAAUAUUUGCACAGCCAGGGAAUAGUUCACAAAGACAUUAAACCAGGGAAUCUGCUGCUGACCACAGACGGGGCGCUGAAAAUCUCCGACCUGGGAGUAGCAGAGGCCCUUCACCCAUUUGCAGAGGAUGACACAUGUCGCACUAGUCAGGGCUCUCCGGCCUUCCAGCCUCCAGAGAUCGCCAACGGACUGGACACCUUUUCAGGGUUUAAAGUAGACAUUUGGUCUGCUGGUGUAACACUAUACAACAUUACAACGAGUCUGUAUCCAUUUGAGGGGGACAACAUCUAUAAGCUAUUUGAGAACAUUGGAAAAGGAGACUUCACUAUUCCUGAGGAGUGUGGGCCGCUCCUGUCGGACCUGCUGCAAGGGAUGCUUGAGUAUGACCCUGAGAAGAGGUUUUCCAUACAGCACAUUAGGCAACACAACUGGGUGCGUAAGAAACACCCUCCGUCUGAGCUGCCCGUGCCCAUCCCUGCCAGCUCCGAGGGCAGGGACCCUUGGCGGAGUAUGACAGUGGUGCCCUACCUGGAGGAUCUGCACGGCUACACCGAGGAGGACGAUGACGACCUCUACGACGGAGAGGAUGAGAUCAUAUACACUCAGGACUUCACAGUGCCAGGACAAGUGACCGAGGAGUAUCGGGAUCAGGGGAGCACGGAUCACAGUCCAACUGUAGCCAAGCCAGUUUGUGUGAACGGGACAGAGGGGGGUUCCCUGAACAGCAAGGGUAAAGCCGAACGCCGCUCCUCUUCGUCAUCCAACCCCUCACGCAAAGGAGUCUCCACAGCCAGCAAGAUCCGCAAGCUCUCCACCUGCAAACAGCAAUGACCUCCUUCCCACCCUCCCUCGGCAACAACCCACCUGGUUUACCUGUCCCCAUCCUGUGUCUGGUAACCUCACAGCUGGGAGGGAAACCUGCUGACAUUAUGUCCCCGCACCUCCUCGGACUGCUGCUCUGCAGAGUCUUUUGAAGAUGCGGUAUGAGUGACAGGAGGAGGAAGAGGACAGCAUGAAAUGUUAUUUUUGCUCUGAGACUGAGGCACUGGCUGUGAAAAUAGUUUUUUUUUUUUGUCCCAUGUUUUGGCUCCUUUCAGCUCCUGUCAUCCACCUGUUACCCCCUUCUCUCCAUCCCAUCAUCCUCUUUUGAAGAGCCAAGUGUUGCACCGGCAAAUACAAACACCAUCACCCCCCUGUACCCCACCCCAACUCCCCACCUUCUGUUUCUUUGACUACCUUUGUUUUUACAGAACCCUAAUGGCAGUUUUUAAGACACAUUAUGAUGUGUAAAAUUAAAGAGAGACAAAAAAACAAAAGUUAUGAAUAAUUCUAUAUUUAAAUCUGUGAUGAGAAUAAUUAUGAUAGUACUCUACUACUACCAACAUAAAAACUGCAUGCUGUACAGAGCUGGACGAAAGGGAAAGUGCUUGGUUUGUGGACAGACUGACAGACUGAAGCCUUGAGAUCCACUGCUGACCUGUUGGGGGAUUUUUGAUUUCCAUUUAGUUUUUUCCUUUUUUCCCCCUUUUUUCCAAUGAAUAUUUUUUAAUUAUUAUUUAUAUAAAAUAUGUCCCAAACAGGC